CUUCAUACCACGUGUAACCCCGUGUAGUGAAUUGUACAUACGAUGCGGACGGCACCAAGGCCCUCUCAUGGAUCGGCAAGAUUGACAGCAUUCACUUAGGAUGGUAUUCCUCGAGAACACAGCGGAUACACUGGCGGCUUAGUGGCGGGAUGUAUUCGAUAGCCCGGGUAUCCUCCUUCAGCUCAUGCUGCGCCACGGUAGAGUCGGUUCGUCCUGACUGAGAAGGUCGUUCUAGAGUCUCUCACGUACGAGCUAAGUCACUUCCAACGUUGGCCAGUCAUGCAACACUUGCUCACAGCUUCUCGUUGCCGAAGAUUACAGGAGCCAUAAAUUUCGAUCGAGGACGUCCAGAGCGACGCUAUCCGGGAGUAAAAGUCGGAAUGCGGCGGUCACAAGGGGUCAACUCGAUAUGGACAAAUAACAUAGGAAGGUGAAAGAAAGCGGGACACCCAGGAAAGGGAAACACCACAGCCUUGGCCUAAUAGAUGCGCUUGCUCGGCCGUUGGGAUCUGCGGAGGAGUAUAGCUCCGCCCGAGCGCAAACGCCAAAGAACGCGCUCGCGUCACAAACCACUUUAACUCGAUGGCCGUGCAGUUUGCAAUUCAACUCGCAUCCUGCGCGAACAACUAUUCCGUAUAUCUCUGCCACGGCCAGCGUAAUGUCUAAUGACUUCAAGAAGUAUCUGGCGACGGAAAUCCUCUCAGAACAGCAUACAGUCUCCUAUCGCAAUGUCUCUCGUGCUCUAAAAGUCCACGUCAAUGCGGCCAAAUGCAUGCUGUAUGAGUUCUACGAGUUUCAGAAUGGAAAGAAGCCAGGCUCGGUCUACGCUACAUACCUGUUGUCCGGACUGAAGAAAAAGCCGGCGCCCGUGACAACAGGAAACACCAAUGGACACAAGCAAGACUAUUACGAAGACGAGCCGAUCCCCUCCAGUCCACCUCCUUUCACCAGUUCCAUGCUAGAACCCAGCCAGCAAAGCAGCCACGGGCCAGAAGAACAAACUCCACAUGUUACAGUACGCACGAUUACGCUGGUGACGGAGGAGAACCUGGAAGAGAUGAGGGAACAAUAUGAGACAAUCACCUCCAUACACAUCUACAGCCUUUCGCCCGAACGAAUACAAGACCUUGUCUCUCUGACCGAUGUCGGGAGGGGGCUGUUCACAGAUGUAUUUGCAAAGGAAGAUCCGCUGGAACAUAACAAAAUAUACGGCGUCAUUCAAAACCCGCAUGUCAGGAGACGUAAGGGCAAGCGGCCAGUCGUCCCACAAGGCCCUGCACCGAAAUUUCAAGCCGUCAAGGAAGAGUCAAAAGCCUCCCGCACGUCUACAGGUGCAUCUACACAGCCCAAACCUGCCGCUGAGGCGAAGAGCGAAGAAGCGUCCCGGCCCAGCUCUCGCGACAGCACAUCGACUAAUGGCCCCUCCAAGCAACCCGCACUCAAACGCGGUGGUUCCGAUCUGUUCCGAGCUUUUGCAAAGCAGAGUCAACAGAAGCCGAAAUCUGCGCUCACCAAACAAGAUUCAGACACACCUAUGAAGGACGACGAUGAGGGCGAGUCAGAAGAUGAAGCACUAUUCCUCGACACAGGAAAGCGCACCACGAAGAAACGCCCGAGCGACGCGAAGAAAGAGCGAGAAGACAAGGCAGCCAAGUUACGCAAGAUGAUGGACUCGGACGAUGAAGCCGAACCGGAAAUCGCGGCCGUAGAGAAGGCGACGGGCGUCGAAGGUGAGCCCGUCAAUGCGCAAGCAGGGGCCGACGCCGUUGAGGAGAACGAGGAGGACGGAGAAGCAGUCGCUUGGUCAGACUCGGACACCGAAAAGCGGCGACAGACCGCGCCCGAGAAGGACGCAUCUACCGAGCAGAACGGCGAGCAGAUAUCGACGUCGGAACCCAAACGCCGUCGCGGCAAGCGCAAGGUGAUGAAGAAGCGCACGACCAAAGACGAGGAUGGGUACCUUGUCACGAAAGAAGAGGCGGUGUGGGAGAGUUAUAGUGAAGAGGAGCCCGAGCCGGCGCCGGCGAAGAAGGAGCUGCCCAAGAGCAGCUUUGGGGCGAACAAAUCUCAAAGUCAGAAUGCAAGUCAGAAAACCGGCGGUAAGGCUGCGCCGAAGAAGGGUGGGAAUAUCAUGAGUUUCUUCGGGAAGAAGAGCAAUUGAUCGUGCAUGCAUGUCUUUAUCAGCCGAGCGUUGCGUCGCGUCGCGUUGCGGUAUUGCAUGGCGUACGUGGGACAGCCGAUAUGAUGACUGUACUGCCACAAAACAACCAUAUACGAUUCUCCUGCAAUGAAUGCCUCUGAAUGUACGAGGUCUGAAUGACAAGCGAUCAGCUUGAGAAAUCGAAGCAUAUCUCUUUGUGUAUGUAGAGCCGGAGCGAGCAACGCCGGAC